AUGAGUAGUGUGGGUAUGGUUAUUUUCCCGAAUAAAUAUUUUGUAUCAAUAUAUUCGACAAAUAGUGUAGUUACAUGUAAGACUGAUAGCAGGUCGAAGGAAGAACCUCCUUUCGAGAAACCAUGGCAGUUAUCGUCACUCCACCACAAGCAUGUAACCAACUCCCGAAGGGUAAGUAUGGCACUGAACGCGAUUUCGACAGUCACGAUCAUGCCCCCCUCUCUUUAACACUAUAUAUUUAUUGUUGAACAGUAUAUCGUGAUCGGUAGGCCUAUUUGCAAUAGCCCCCCCCCCCUUACAUACUCAUUGUAACAUGAGAGAUCACCAAUGAAAUUGUUGAAAUAAUUUGCUUUGUUUCAAGUGUGGAUAUGACUCUCGAGACCACGUUAAACAAUAAUAAUUCGGUCAAUAACAUUUGAGAACUACGGUAUGUUAACCAUGCCAGACAGAUACAACUUGGGAUGUACUUCAGUAUACCACCACUAUACCAAUCCCGUACCAGACAAAUGAUUUAAUAGUUCACCCAAGGUAAAUUACUCCUAGACGAUUGCAUUUUUUUAAACUGAUUUAUUGCAAUAUAGAUGCAGUAUGCAGAGCGUUUGCUAGCUAAGAUAAAUGUAUUGAUCAAUCUGCAUCAAAGCGGGAUUGACGGAAUUCUCGCGUCUCUCAUAGCUUUUAGGCUACAGUUUGAUAUUCACGCUGUUUGCUGUAUUGUGAUACAAUAAAGGAAGAUGUCGAAACCCGAGGAUCUCGUUGGAAAAUGGAAACUUGACAGAAGUGAAUGCUUUGAGGAAUUUACUGAGGCAGUUGGUAUGAAUUAUGUUGCUCGUAAAGUUGCAGCCACGUCUAAACCCACGUGUGAUAUCAAGAUAGAAGGGGAUAAGUUCACAUUAGACGUUCAUGCCAUCGUGUUCACGAAGACAGAGAUAAUAUAUACGCAUGGGAAUGAGUAUGAAAGUAAAGCUAUUGACGGAACAAAAAUAAAGUGUGUGGGAAGGUGGGAAGAAGGCAAGAUCAUAAUGGACUGUGAACCUGUCGACGCGUCAUCAACGCUUCCAAAGCAGACGUAUACGAGGGAAAUUGUUGAUGGGGAAUUGUUAACGACUGUCGUUGUCCACAGUGACCCUGAAAUCGUUUGCCGAAGAUACUUCAAGAAAUGUGAAUGAUUCGGCUGCAACUCCGUAAGGGAUUAUCAUGGCUGUACACAUCCUGAGAUCGAUCGGGCUUUCCUUUACUCCUUCGUCACAUUUAAAAUAUAAAUGGCGGAGUAUAUUGAAAACAAUUUGUGCCAUGAUGGGCUGUACACGAAUUUCUGUCCUAUUCUAUGGCAUCGUACCAGCGUCAACGACAGGUUUCGACACGUCUUUCCCGUUUGUUCUUCACUCAUGUUCAGCACCUGGAGAACCAGGAAGCUUCUUGCCGGUAAAUCGCUCGAUUCUACUUCUUAGGGCUACACUUUCAUCGCAAUGGGAAACUUGAAGUUGCCUUUUUACGUCGCCCCUCCGACAGCCUUGGCAGUAUCCGAUACGAGUAGAAUUGGCCUGGCAAAUUCACUGAAGCAUUUUGUUGCAUCGUCUAUAUCUCAUGCAUUCUAUUGAUUUGUAAUCAGCUGCCAUUGCAUAUAAAGCCAGCAUUUCAAUUAUCUUUAUAUUCACUUGGUGCGUGUGUC